AUGGAGAGUAUAAAGAAUGACAUUUUAUGCCAUUUCAGAAGGUUCUUGGGCUCUGCUUCCUUGGCUAGAAGUAAUGUUAACUAUGAUAUCCUCAGAGAAGGGCCUACUCUGAAUGAGGAUGACUUUAGGAGUUUUGAUUGUAAUACCUCUUCUGAGGAGAUUAAAGCUGUUAUGUUUUCUAUUAAAGAUGAAAAAGCUCCAGGGCCAGAUGGGUAUACCAGCUGUUUUUUUAAAAAGAGUUGGAGGAUUGUAGGGGAAAAUAUUUGUUCUGCUGUUAAAGAGUUCUUUCAAAAUGGGAAGAUGCUGAGACAGAUUAAUGCUACCAAUAUUGUGCUUAUCCCUAAAAAGGAUAUCCAUAUUGAUGUGGGAGAUUUCAGACCUAUUGCUUGCUGCAAUGUCCUGUAUAAGGUAAUCUCUAAAAUUCUGUCUAAUAGAUUGGCUAAUGUGAUUAGUAGAAUUAUUAGUCAGAAUCAGUCUGCCUUAAUCCCUGGUAGGAAUAUUGCUGAUAAUAUCCUCCAUGCCCAUGAAAUUGUUAGAAAUUAUCAUAGGAAAAACUGUAACUCAGUUGCUAUUAAGGUUGAUGUCCAGAAAGCAUAUGACUCAGUUAGUUGGGAUUUUAUUGAGGAGGUCUUGAUUGGGUUUAACUUUCCUAAUAAGUUUGUGAUGCUUGUUAUGACUUGUAUUAGAACCCCUAUGUAUUCUAUUAUGAUAAAUGGUGAAUCUGUUGGGUACUUCCCUGGGGGUAGAGGGUUAAGACAAGGUGAUCCAAUAUCUCCCCUUUUAUUUGUCCUGUGUAUGGAAUAUUUCACCAGGAUUUUGAAAAGGAAUACCAAGCCUGUGUCCAACUUUGUCUUUCAUAAGGGUUGCAAGGAUAUUAUUAAGGAGUCUAUUUGCUUGUUCUCUAAUUCUUCUGGUCUUAAGCCCAAUCUUUCUAAAAGCUCUGUUUUCUUUAAUGGGGCUAGUGAGGAGAAGAAGAGGAGAGUGCUGAACAUUUUGGGCUUUCAAGAGGGGGAAUUCCCUGUGAGAUACUUGGGCAGAUUGCAAUUAGUGAAUUCUGUUUUAUGGAGUAUGAAUGUUUUUUGGUGUUCUAUUUUUGUUUUGCCCAAAGCUGCGAUAGCUGCUGUGGAAAAUAUUUGUAGAAACUAUCUGUGGCAUGGUGCUAACACUGUUAAAAGAAGAGGGCUUGUGAAAUGGGAUUAUGUUUGCAGAAGGAAGGACCAAGGAGGGUUAGGGAUAAAGUCCAUCCAUUACUGGAAUGUGACUGCUAUUUCUAAGCAUGUAUGGGGCAUUGUUUCUCAUAAACCUUCUAUUUGGGCAAAUUGGGUUAAUGUGAACAGACUGAAAAGGCUCAGCUUCUGGGUGGUAACCAAACUCAAUGACUGUUCAUGGAAUUGGAAACAGUUACUUAAUAACAGAAAGAAUGUUAAUGCUGAAGUCCCAAAAAAUGCUAAAGUGUUGAAGUUAUGGAGGAAUAAUAAUUGGGUGCUGCCUGAUCCUAUAGAUGAAGAUACUUCUAAUGCCUGGGAUUAUAUUAAAGCAAACUUCAAGAUUGAUAACAACAGAGAAGAUGUGAUUGAGUGGAAGGCCGGUGCUAAUGGUAAAUUCUCCAUCAAAAGUGCUUUUAAACAUCUUUGCCCUGAUAAAGCUAAAGUGGAAUGGAGCUCUCUGAUUUGGUCAGGUGGUCAUAUUCCUAGAUUUUCCUUUGUUUCCUGGGUAGCUAUCAGAAGGAGACUGCUAACCAAAGACAAAUUAAAGAUGUGGAAUGUAAUCCAGGAUGAUAAUUGCAGCUUAUGUAGGUCUAAUCCUGAAACUGCCCAGCACCUAUUCUUUGAUUGUGUGAUUUCAGCCGAUAUAUGGAAAAGAGUGCUUGACUGGCUUGAGAUUAGAAGACAGCCUUAUUGCUUGAGGAGGGAAGUGAGGUGGUUUGUUAGAAGAGCAAAGGGGAGAUCAAUAAAAGCUAAUAAAAGAAGACUUAGUUUUUCAGCUGCUGUGUAUGCUAUUUGGAGAUCCAGGAAUGAAACUACGUUCAACCAAAGAGUUAUCAAGCCUGAGCAGUCUUUUAGAGAUAUUAAAAAUGCUGUGGAAGCUAAGCUGUUGUCUAGCGGUUGCUUUAGGCUACGAUUUGCAAAUGCUCGUCCUAUUCCUGGUCAGUCGUUUAUCUUUGAGGAGCGGCUAACUAUCGCUUGUCUUCACUACUGGAUGAAUUCGCCCUUUCGCCGUAAGGAUUGGCCGUUCAUUAUCCUAGGCUUUUGUUCGGGGUUGAAGAUGUUUUAA